AAAGGUUUCCGGUCGUACGUGCGCACGUGGAGAAAUUCUAUAAAUACUCUUCAGUCAGGUCAGUGCUCAGUCCAUCGACCUCAUUAUAUAUUGAUCGACUUACGGUAAAGCAAGAGGUUACUGGAUAAAGACAAGAAAAAGUAUUUUUCCCGGYUUCAUAAACAAUGAAGAUCGUCCUGAUUUUGACGUUGACCUCCAUGCUGGCAACGGCUGCUGCCGCAAUAAAGUACUGUGGAAUCUAUCCAUACGAACCAAAAAUUCAAAUCUGUUGCUCAGGAAUUCCUCAAAUAAAGCCCAAUAAGUUCAUAUCCUGUUGUGGCAAGAGUUCGUACAAUCGUCAAUCACAAUACUGCUGCGCUGGUGUGGUUAAACAAAAGUCAUCAAAUACAUAUUGCUGCGGRAAGACGACUUACAACUCCCUGACACAGAUAUGUUGUGGCGGRAAAGUGGUGACAAAAAAUAGCAGCUCUAUGUCCUGUUGUGGAAGUAARGUGUACGACUACAGAAACCAGUUCUGCUGCGCUGGAAUAGUAAUAUCCAAGGGUGUCCAUAACGCGUGCUGUGUUAGGAAACCGUACAAUACCUUGACUGAAGUUUGCUGCAGUGGAAAUCUGUUUAAGAGAAACAGCUCCACUUCAUGCUGUGGAAGUAAGGCCUACGACUACCGAACCCAGUUUUGCUGCGCUGGGAAAGUGAUGACUAAAGGAGUGAAUAACAAUUGCUGUGGCAGAGCUCCGUAUAACACAGCUACGCAUAUUUGCUGCGGUGGACAAGUAAAGACGAAAGACAGUCCCACUAGCUCGUGUUGUGGAAGUAAAGUCUAUAACUACAAUACUCAUUUCUGUUGCUCUGGCAUUGUGAAGACGAAAGGGGAUCAUAACGCAUGCUGUGGACGAAAGACGUACAACACGAUGACACAGAUUUGUUGUGGGGGAAGAGUAUCUAAUAAGAGUAGUCCUUCUACAUCUUGUUGUGGAGGAAAGGUCUACGACUAUCARACCCAGUUCUGUUGUGCGGGAGUCGUAAAACCAAARGCACUCUACUAUAACUCGUGCUGCGGACGACAUCCCUACCACACAGAAAAACAUAUCUGCUGUGGUGGUAAGUUAACGAUGAGAGGAGYUYAUAYUUCUUGUUGUGGUAGUACUGUGUUUGAUUACAGCACACAAUUUUGCUGUGCAGGCGUGGUAAAGAGCAAAGGAGUGCAWAGCGCUUGCUGUGGGCGRACAUCAUACAACCCCGCAACCCAGAUUUGCUGUGGUGGUAAGCUAUCAAAGAAAGAUGGUCUCACAUCUUGUUGUGGAAGAACUGCGUUCAACUACAAAACCCAUUUCUGCUGUGGGGGUGUCGCAAAGAGAAAAGGA